CUGAACUCUCUAUACAUUUCUUUUUUUAAGGGCGGUAAACAUGUUGAUCACAUUAUUGAUCAAAUAGUGAACAUCAUUAAACCUCUGGUUGAUCCGAAUCUGAAAAAUGGCAUCAAGAAAAUAGUGAUCAAAAAUCAUCUGUGCGUCUUUGUCAAUGCCCUGAUUGAAAACCCAGCAUUCAGUAGCCAGACAAAGGACAUCCUCACUACUUCAGUAUCGGAUUUUGGUUCCAAAUGCGUAGUGGACGUGACUACAGUGAAGGAAUGGGCGGAGCGAAGCGGCCUUGUGGAGGAGUUGAUGAGCGAUGCGUUGGCAAGAGAGGCACUUUUUUGUGAAUAUGGUUUUUGGUUUCUUGGUAAUUCUCAGGAUCAGGGAAAAAUGAUUCCCAGUGUCGCUUUCUUUUUGUUUUAUGCGGCUCAUGAGAGUUUCUUCAAGGGACGACCGGCCAGAAAAAGGAAGAAAGUUACUGUGGUCGAGGAUUUGUCGGACAUCGUCAAGCUGGAAGAUGCUAAUUGGGCAGGAGAUGGCGAUCGCUCAGAGGAAUGUCGCCUUCUGAUAACUGAGGGUGAGUGA